GCGGGAGGAGCGGAGCGAGCGCAGCGCCGGGCGCAGCCUCCAAUGAGCUGCGGAACCCGCGCCCCUGAAGACCCGAGCCCUCUGCGCCCCCUCCCCACGGCUCACCUGGUGUCAGGUAAGGUAACAGGUCUGACCUCACCCCACGGACAAUGGCCUUGCCCCCGUGAGCUAGAGCCCGCCCCUCGGCACCUGCCCCCUCGCCAGCCAGCAGGAUGCAGCUGUGGAAGGCGGUGGUGGUGACCCUGGCCUUCAUGAGCAUGGACGUCGGCAUGACCACGGCCAUCUACAUCCUCAGCCACCUGGAUCGCAGCCUGCUGGAGGACAUCCGCCAUUUCAACAUCUUUGACUCGGUGCUGGACCUCUGGGCGGCCUGCCUGUACCGCAGCUGCCUGCUGCUGGGAGCCACCAUUGGCGUGGCCAAGAACAGCGCCCUCGGGCCGCGGCGGCUUCGGGCCUCCUGGACGGUCAUCGCCCUCGUGUGCCUCUUUGUGGGCGUUUACGCCAUGGUGAAGCUGUUGCUCUUCUCCGAGGUGCGCAAGCCAGUCCGGGACCCGUGGUUCUGGGCCCUGUUCGUGUGGACUUACGUCUCGCUUGCCGCUUCCUUCCUCCUCUGGUGGCUGCUGUCCACGGUGCGGCCGGACGCCAAGGCCCUCGAGCGGGGGGCCGAAGCCGAGGCCGAGGGCUUCCCUGGGGAGGACCGGCCCCCGCGUGAGCAGGCGUCUGGGGCUACGCUACAAAAGCUGCUGUCCUACACCAAGCCUGACGUGGCCUUCCUCGUGGCGGCCUCCUUCUUCCUCAUCGUGGCAGCUCUGGGAGAGACCUUCCUUCCCUACUACACCGGCCGGGCCAUCGACGGCAUCGUCAUCCAGAAGAGCAUGGAGCAGUUCAGCACGGCUGUCAUUGUCAUGUGCCUGCUGGCUAUCGGCAGCUCAUUUGCCGCAGGUAUUCGGGGAGGCAUUUUUACACUCAUAUUUGCCAGACUGAACAUUCGCCUUCGAAACCGUCUGUUCCGCUCGCUGGUGUCUCAGGAGAUGAGCUUCUUUGACGAGAAUCGCACAGGGGACCUCAUCUCCCGCCUCACCUCCGACACCACCAUGGUCAGCGACCUGGUCUCCCAGAACAUCAACAUCUUCCUGCGGAACACGGUCAAGGUCACAGGCGUGGUGGUCUUCAUGUUCAGCCUCUCGUGGCAGCUGUCCUUGGUCACUUUCAUGGGCUUCCCCAUCAUCAUGAUGGUGUCCGACAUUUAUGGCAAGUACUACAAGAGGCUCUCCAAAGAGGUCCAGAACGCCCUGGCGAGGGCCAGCAGCACGGCCGAGGAGACCAUUAGCGCCAUGAAGACAGUGCGGAGCUUUGCCAACGAGGAGGAGGAGGCCGAGGUGUACUCGAGGAAGCUGCAGCAGGUGUACAAGCUGAACAGGAAGGAGGCGGCAGCCUACACGUACUACGUCUGGGGCAGUGGGCUCACCCUCCUGGUAGUCCAGGUCAGUAUCCUCUACUACGGGGGCCACCUCGUCAUCUCCGGGCAGAUGACCAGCGGCAACCUCAUCUCCUUCAUCAUCUACGAGUUUGUCCUGGGAGACUGUAUGGAGUCCGUGGGCUCUGUGUACAGUGGCCUGAUGCAGGGAGUGGGGGCCGCCGAGAAGGUGUUCGAGUUCAUCGACCGGCAGCCAACCAUGGCGCAUGAUGGCAACUUGGCCCCUGACCACCUGGAGGGCCGGGUGGACUUUGAGAAUGUGACCUUCACCUACCGCACUCGGCCCCACACCCAAGUCCUGCAGAAUGUCUCCUUCAGCCUGUCCCCAGGAAAGGUGACCGCGCUCGUGGGGCCCUCGGGCAGUGGGAAGAGUUCCUGUGUCAACAUCCUGGAGAACUUCUACCCUCUGGAGGGGGGCUGCGUGCUGCUGGACGGGAAGCCCGUCAGCGCCUAUGACCACAAGUACCUGCACCGAGUGAUCUCCCUGGUGAGCCAGGAGCCAGUGCUAUUUGCCCGCUCUAUCACGGACAACAUCUCCUACGGCCUGUCCACCGUGCCCUUCGAGAUGGUGGUGGAGGCUGCACAGAAGGCAAAUGCCCACGGCUUCAUCAUGGAGCUCCAGGACGGCUACAACACAGAGACUGGGGAGAAGGGUGCCCAGCUGUCGGGCGGCCAGAAGCAGCGGGUGGCCAUGGCUCGGGCUCUGGUGCGGAACCCACCCGUCCUCAUCCUGGACGAAGCCACCAGCGCCCUGGAUGCAGAGAGCGAGUACCUGAUCCAGCAGGCCAUCCACGGCCACCCGCAGAAGCACACGGUGCUCAUCAUCGCGCACCGGCUGAGCACGGUGGAGCGUGCGCACCUCAUCGUGGUGCUGGACAAGGGCCGCGUGGUGCAGCAGGGUACUCACCAGCAGCUGCUGGCCCAGGGCGGCCUCUAUGCCAAGCUGGUACAGCGGCAGAUGCUGGGGCUCGAGCCCGCCUCCGACUACUCAGCCGGCCACAAGGAGCCGCCGGGCAGCGGCGGCGGUCACAAGGCCUGACCGGUGGGGCGGAGGCCCUGGCGCCUCGCCUGGCAGACGUACCCGUGGGGGCUCCCCCCUCCCCCCGCUGCCCUCUGAGCCCAGGCCCACAGCACCGGAGGGCCACCUGCCAUGUCCCACGUGUCACCGCUUCCUGCAUCUUGCCCCCGAUUCCUGCCCCGUCGCCUGGGCCACCACCAGCCCUCCCCUGCUGCCACGAGCCACCGCCUCCAGUCGGGGCAGCGGAGACACGUCUGAUCUCUCCAUCUGGCCUCCCAAGGCUUCUAAGCGAAGGUAGAGCUACCUUUUUAAACCAAGAUCUUCCCAGGGUUUUUUUACUGCUUGGUUUGAUGGGCCCCAGUCAACUCCUAGAUUUCAAAAACAGUUUUUUCAUUGGGAGUAACGAUGGGCAAGGUCGCUGAGAUGUUCUAGAAACUUCUGAGCCAGGAGUGAAUGAUCUUUCCUAAUAGCCUGGGGGAUGUCAGGGGAGAACCAGGCCUCUGCCCCUUCGCCCCUCGAGAGAAGGGGCUUCCCUGUCCCAGAAGGGGGACACAGAGGAGGGGACUUCCUCUCUCACUCUUCCCAGCUUCAUGAGUCAGGCCAAGGUCAGCAGGGGCAGUGGAAGGCACCUGUCUGCCCAUCGUCCCUGCCGCCCUGCCAAAUCGAAGCCAGUCUCACUGUGAACCACUACUACUGACCUUAACUGGGGGAGUGAGGGGCUGGCCAGGCCUGGCAGAGACUCAGGGUGUCCCCAGCCCUGCACCCAGCUCGAGCCCCUCGGCCCUGCCUCAUCCCCUGCUCCUGUCCCCCACCCCCACCCCUGCAGCCCUCUCCCCCACACCCGCCCCUGCUGCCCUGCUCUUCGGAGGCCUUUGGCAUGUUGGAUGUUUGGCAGACGCAUUCUCUUCCGUGUCUGGUGGAUGGGGAUGGGACAGCGGCAAAGCUCAGGCUCUGGCUUUG